AUGGACAUAACCAAGGAACUGGACAUUGUGGUGCACUCCUUCUUUCGGCCACCCCAGCCCGAUACCAACAUCCAGAUGGAAGUUGGCAUUGAGGAAAGCCUGCACAUUGAAUUCGAAUAUAACAAAUCCUGUUAUCACUUAGAAGACGUGAUUGUGGGCAAGAUCUACUUCCUCCUGGUACGCGUAAAGAUCAAAUACAUGGAAAUCCAGAUCCUGCGUCGGGAAGCUACUGGCAUAGGCGUCAACCAGUUUUCGGAUCAGGAAACCCUGGCCAAAUUCGAAAUCAUGGACGGUGCUCCCGUACGCGGUGAAUCUAUUCCCAUCCGGCUCUUCCUCGCGGCCUACAACCUCACACCCACUAUGCGUGAUGUGAACCGCAAGUUCACCGUACGCUACUACCUAAAUCUGGUAUUACUCGAUGAAGAGGAACGGCGUUAUUACAAACAACAUGUAAGUCUGAUUUUCCUAUGCUUGCUUCCAGCACUGUCCUAG